AUACUGGUUUAAGACUGGGAAUCACAAACUUGAAGUCCGGUUUUGGACUUAACAUGAAAUAAUGUUUCAAACAGGAGACAUGUUGCGUAAAGGGAUAUGCAACAAGGAGACUUUGUUCCAUGUCUAAUUUGGGGAUUAUGAGACGAGAUCCUUUGACUUUAUUGUUGUAGGUCUGGAAUCAUGACUUCUUUUGGGAGUCCAUGCAACCGGGAGGAGGAGACAUGCCCCAACUGGGUGUCCUUCAGCAGAUAGAAAAGGAUUUUGGUUCGUUUACUAAUUUCAGAGAGAAGUUUACAGAAGCAGCACUUACACUAUUUGGGUCUGGCUGGGUUUGGCUUGUUUUAAAGAGAGAAGAGAGACGACUUCAGAUAAUUAAAACUUCAAAUGCCAUUUGCCCAAUUGUUUGGGGUGACGUACCUAUAAUCAGUUUGGAUCUGUGGGAGCAUGCUUAUUAUCUGGAUUACAAGAAUGACAGAGGAAAGUACGUGGAUGCGUUUAUGAACCAUCUUGUGUCUUGGAAUGCGGCAAUGGCACGCAUGGCUCGAGCUGAGGCCUUUGUGAAUUUAAACGAACCUAACAUCCCUGUGGCUUAGAAGGCUUGUAACACCGGCAAGAUACUGAGACUAACUAUUAUGAAGAGGCUUCCUAAUGAGUUUAUUGGGAGUCCAGCGGGGGUUGAGCUGCAUUAGGAUCAUAUCUUCCAUAAAAAGGUGUAAUGCCGGUUUUUUCCCAUUGGUGUCACAUCUACAACGAUUUUGGUACGAGAUAUGCAACCACCUUAGAGAGUAACAGUAGAUUAGAUAAAGCGUAUGAACACGCUUAUGUUGCGUUCUGUAAUAGAACAUAACAAGUGUUUCUGUUUUGAUUAACGUAGAUUUCCUCUCUAUUAGCUCUCUUAUUACGUUAUGUAACGCAUGGUUUUUACUUUUUA